AUGGGAAAUCUAAUAAAGGAGCAUGUUUCACCUAAAAAGAGAAGAAAGUUGAGAAGGACCAAGGAUGAAAUUGAAGAAGACAUAAUUAGGUAUCAGGAGCUUUUAAAGCAUGAUAAAGAGCUCGAGAAUGAUAUCCCACCGAGGAAGAUGAAGUCAAGAAGAAUAAUCAAGCGAGAAGAAGAGGAAUUCGGAGCUUUUGAUAACGCCAUCCCGACAAAUAGAAGAAAUCGAUCUACUGGUGAUAAGUGCAAGGAAACGAGACCAAGCUCUAAAAGUAAUGAAAAGAUGAUCACAGACCUGAUUGAAACAAUGACCAGAGAGGUAUUAAAGAUCAAUAAGCCAAAGUAUAAAUUCGCCAAAGUACCAUUCAAAAAACCAUCUCCAUUAAAGUAUUUGCAUCAAGAUUUACCCCCGCCAAUCAACCAGGAAAUCAAAUCCUUUGAAUCCAAGGUUUUAGUGGAAAACUCGUACCAGGAUUUGAUUAAAAUGAUCAAAAGCGAUAUUGAGAAUGAAGAGGUUGACGGGAAAAGGUAUAAUAACAUUGAUUUUGGUAUGAAGUUAAACCUUUUAGAAAAAAACCUUUCAUUUGAAAAAGAUCGGUUUGAAAUAUACGACAACGAAGAGAAGUCAAAGGUUGAAAAAUUAUUGAAACCCAAUGACGUAUACCGAUCCCGAGGUCUGUUCAGCGAAGAUAUCGAUGUUUUCUUCAAACACUUGUAUAAUCCGGACAAUUUCAGGAAUGAUACAACAACUAAAGAUCAAUUAAAGAGAUCAAUCCCAUUAGCAUAA